GCACCGGGAACGGGAACGGCACCGGGAACGGGAACGGCACCGGGAACCGGCAACGGGAAUAGGAACAGCACCCGGGAUCGGGGACAGGACCGGGAAUAGGAGCAGGACCCGGAAUAGGAACAGGAGCUGGGGCCGGGCUGCGGCGCUCGGAGCGCUCGGAGCGCUGCGCGGUCCCGGCGCUGCGGAGCGCGAUCGGGAGGAGGAUCGGGAUCAGGAGGAGGAUCGGGAUCAGGAGGAGGGUCAGGAUCAUCAGGAGGAUCAUCAAGGGGAGGAUCAGGAUCAUCAGGUCCAGCUCAGCGCUGUUCCAGGCGCUGUGACUCCAUCCCGCUCCAUCCCGCCGGCCGCGGCUCCUCCAAGGGAAAUGUUUAUUCUGGCGCAGAGGGAGUAAAGAUCUGAAGAAAUCCCAGAUCAUGGCUUCUGAUGCCAGUCACAUGCUGGAAGCAGCUUUGGAGCAAAUGGAUGACAUCAUUGCAGGCACAAAGUCAGCUGCAGAGUAUGCCAAUGGUGGUUAUGACAUCGUGUCCCCAGCUCCAUCAGUGUAUCUGGGCACAUUCCAGAUUUUGCACCUCCUGGAAGAUCUGAAGAUGGCCCUGGAGAUGCUGGAGGACCCCCAGGAGAAAGAAGCACUGAGGAACCAAAUCCCAGGGGCCACAGCAGUGUGCCUGAGGGAGUGGUUUGAGGAGAACCUGUCACAGGUGAACCAUCAUUCAUCCAAUAAUGAAACUUAUCAAGAAAGGCUGGCUCGAUUAGAAGGUGACAAAGAGUCACUCAUCCUGCAGGUGAGUGUUCUCACAGACCAGGUGGAAGCUCAAGGAGAGAAAAUCCGCGACUUAGAAAUCUGUCUGGAGGGGCAUCAGCUGAAGCUGAAUGCUACAGAAGAGAUGCUCCAACAGGAGCUGCUCAGUCGCACAUCGCUCGAGACCCAGAAAUUGGAUCUGAUGGCUGAAGUUUCAGACCUGAAGAUUAAGCUGGUUGGCAUGGAAAAGGAGCAGAGUGAAUAUGAAGAGAAGCAGAACAAAGCUGAGGGUUUGUUGCAGGAGCUCAGGCAUCUCAAAAUUAAAGUGGAAGAGCUGGAAAAUGAGAGGAACCAGUAUGAAUGGAAAUUGAAAGCAACUAAAGCUGAGAUAGCCCAGCUGCAGGAGCAGCUGGCUCUCAAGGAUGCAGAGAUAGAACGUUUGCAGAGCCAGCUCUCCAGGACCUCCUCAUACACUGAAGUGGCAGAGAGAGACCAAGAAGUUCAGCGGUUGAAGAUAGGAAUGGAGACAUUAUUGGCUGCCAAUGAGGAAAAGGACCGUCGGAUUGAGGAGCUGACACUGCUGCUGAGCCAGUACAGGAGGGUCAAGGACAUCAUGAUUGCAGCUCAUGGCUCUUCUGUCUCUGGAGGCAGUGAUGAGGAAAUUGAGGCAACUUUAAGGAAGUGGAAUCUUUUGAACAACUCCCAAGGAGAAUUACUGAAAACAGAGGCCUCUGCAGGAGAAUUGCCACCAGCUGUACUCCCUCCAGUGCCACACAAAGCUUUGGAAAUCAGUGGAAGCAUUCCAAUACCUUCAAGUAAUUUGACCUCUCCGCCGGAAGAAUCUUUGGACGUCACAAAGAGGGUUCCACAUCAAAAAAAGUCAAGCAGUUUAGAAGACUUGCAGAGUGAAUCCUUGGAUAAGUAUGUAGAUGGAAAACCAGCACAGCCUGUUGUAGAACAAGAGCAGCAGAGUAAGGCAGUGGGGAAAGGCAGCAAGUACCAGACUCUGCCAGGAAAGCUGCCCCGAGCCCUGCAGAACGGAGAGCAGGGCAUGCACAGCUCUCCUGAUGGAUGUGGCACAGGGGACAACGAUGACAGCAGCAUCCCAGGCCUCAAUCGCGGCAGGAGUGUCAGUGCACCUGUGCUAGGAGAAACAGAGAGCAUGGAUGGCGCAGUGGUCUCUGAUGAUCUUUCACCUCUCUCUUCGGGAACGGAUUCAAGCCCUCAAUCUCCAUGGUCUCCAGAAAACAGAAAGAGUCCAAAAGGGAUCAAGAAAAUCUGGGGAAAAAUUCGAAGGACUCAGUCAGGUAACUUCCCUGCAGACGACCUGGGGCUGGCGGAGUUCCGCAGGGGAGGGCUGCGCGCCACCGCUGGACCGCGCCUAUCCCGAUCCAAGGACACCAAAGGCCACAAGAGUGACCACAAUGCCCCAUUUGCCCAGUGGAGCACUGAAAGGGUUUGUAACUGGCUGGAGGACUUUGGCCUGGGCCAGUACGUGAUUUUUGCCCGGCAGUGGGUGACAUCAGGGCACACGCUGUUAACUGCCACACCUCAGGACAUGGAAAAGGAAAUGGGAAUAAAGCACCCACUGCACAGGAAGAAAUUGGUUUUGGCCAUUAAAGCCAUAAAUGCAAAACAAGAUGAGAAGUCUGCACAACUUGAUCAUAUCUGGGUGACACGGUGGCUUGAUGACAUUGGCUUGCCUCAGUACAAAGACCAGUUUCAUGAAUCCAGAGUAGAUGGGAGGAUGUUGCAGUACUUAACUGUGAAUGACCUCCUCUUCCUCAAAGUCACCAGCCAGCUGCAUCACCUGAGUAUUAAAUGUGCCAUUCACGUGCUGCACGUCAACAGCUUCAACCCCCACUGUCUACGCAGGAGGCCAGUUGAGGAGAGCAACGUCUCUCCUUCCGACGUGGUGCAGUGGUCCAACCACAGGGUGAUGGAGUGGCUCAGAUCCGUGGAUCUGGCAGAAUAUGCACCCAACCUUCGAGGCAGCGGGGUGCACGGCGGCCUGAUCAUUCUGGAACCUCGCUUCAAUGGUGACACGCUGGCCAUGCUCCUGAAUAUCCCACCCCAAAAGACCCUCCUGCGCCGCCACCUCACCACCAAUUUCAACGUGCUAAUUGGCCCAGAGGCACAACAGGAAAAAAGAGAAAUCAUGGAGUCAGCAGCAUACACACCUCUGACCACCACUGCCAAAGUUCGGCCAAAGAAGCUCGGAUUUUCGCAUUUUGGAAACCUAAGGAAAAAGAAGUUUGACGAAUCAACAGACUACAUUUGUCCUAUGGAUACAAGCCCGGUUGCUACGAAUGGUACCUCGAAAAACUAUGGUGGCUACAAAGGACUGAGUCCUUUCACUGACAGGGAACUGGAUCAGAUGGAGCACUCAGAAGGCACAGUAAUGCAAAUAGGGGCUCUUUCCCAAGGCAUAACCCACCUCACGGUACGUACUCAUUCCUCUCCUGUUCCUGUCACAAAUGUGUUCUGCCAAAACUCACUGAAACUUGGUCAUUGCUGCUGCUAAUGAAGAGUAAGUGGGCCUCUGUUCUUAUUAAAUACCUCUUUACAGCCUGGAGGACAUUCAGUCAAAAAACCCCUGCUUUUAAACUGCUAAGCUUAAUUUAGGCCUCUUUUAAGUUGUCAUGAACUCUGCUGUCUCUUUGACAAAAUGACAAUGUUCAUCCCCCUAAAUGAAAACACUUCAGAUUUUGCAGGUAACCACCACCCCAGUCACAGCAGCCAGGAACGUGGUACAGACUUUUGAAAAUUUAUGUGAGUUAAAACUCUGUGCAAAACAAAACAGCUCACUUUUGCUUCCUCGCUCCACAGAAGCUAACUCAUUAAAAAAUAAAAAUAAGUGACUGGAAGGACAUAAGGAAGAAUUACAAAAUAUAGUUGAGGUGCAUGCCAGACACAAAAUCUCUAAGAAUUUCCUCAAGUAAAAAUAUUUAAAGCUGUAUUGAAGAAAUUCCCUUUGAUUGUGUGUGGCUCUCACCUUGUGAGCCUGAGCUGGGUUUCUGGGAACCUCUCCCCAAAUACCCUCAGUCCCUCCCACCUUGUUCUUUCAGACACUGCUGAGCCAGGAUGAAAUGCUCAAUGACAGCAGGUUUUUAACACCGACCUUUGAAGACUGGAGAUGAUGCUCCAGCAUGACCAAGAACACCACUUGUACCUCAUACCUGCAGGAGCAGCCAGGAGCAGCUGGGAGCCCUGGAGCAGGAAAAUUUUACCUCUUCUCUGCCUCUGCCACCUCCCACGUAGCAUUUCCUGUUGUCAGUGUAGCCACACGUUACAGGUAACUCUCCUCUGUGCUGUUUUCCCACAUCAUGCAGUAGGAAACAUGGGAGAGGAGUGGGACUCAUGUCCAGAGUCUGGAAAGUAAAGACUGGCAAUGUUUUGUUCUUUUAUUCAGUUGCCUGUUACAUGCUAUGUUGAUGUACAUUUACAUGGAAGACCUUUUGUAAUUUUUUAUUUUUGUAAUUAACUUGCAGUGCAGGAAUCAUGAAUAUGUAACUGUGCCACGGGGGCUAACCAGAACUCCCUGAAUUCCCUGGAAUUCAGCUGGGUGCUGGUGAGGGCAGCAGCAAUGGCUCACUCACCACUCCUGUGCUCUUGCCAGACUGGUCCCCAGGAGGGAUUUCAAUCUCUCCUCCCUUUCACUGCCACCUGUCCUGCCCUCUUUUUAUCCAAGUCAGUGCACUGUAAGAUGGGAAGAAUGGAA